GCGCGGCGAGAAAUCAUUCGCCAACGAGUCGCAGAGUGGAGCAAAGGUCUCUAGCGGAAACGGAAAUCAGCAGCUAAUUAGAAAAAUGAACAAAGACUUCAUCACGCAGGGCGGCACGCCCAUUACCACUGACCUGGCCACGGAUCUGCGCAAUCUGGUUUUCGGUACCGCCGCCAUUCCCAUGCGAGCCGAAUGGCUGCAGACGUCCUUUGUGUUUGGCGCUCCGAAGGAGGAGCUGGCCUACGGCCUCCGUUCGCCCCGGAACGCCACCCGUGGCCUCUUGUCCGUCGUCCAGGGAUUCGUCCUGAAGUAUCUCCUUUUUGCCCGGAAGACCAGUCGCGUCGCUUCGCUUACCGACCCGCUCCUGGCCACCGCCGAGAUGCAACGAGAGGCCCUGUUCUGCGCCCUGCUGGAGAUCCUGCGCACCAUCUCGGACAAGGGCAAGGUCACCAUAGUGCUGCCGUCGGAGGACGAGGUGUUCGUGGAACACAGCGCCUGCUAUUUCCACGACUCCGUCACCGAGAAGCUCUAUGUUUUCACACUGUCACCCAACGAGGAGUUGGAAUACUUUUUGAAGCGAAAUUUCAAAUACUUUACAGAGGAGGAGACCCCGGGCACCCUGCUGUUUCUUUAUAGCGCCGUCCUCACGCGAUCCAUGGGAAAAGUUCGCACGGAUCUGGACUCCGCGAAAUCCGCGCCCCUGACUUCGAGCAAUCACGAGGAGGGCUCCCUGAUGAUUGUCACCCUGCUGCUGACGGGUCGUGCCACGCCCUAUAUUCACAAUGGUGUUGUAAAUGUGGGCGACGAGAGUAGCUAUGCAGUUCCACAAUAUGGAGUCCUUAAACGUUGCAUGAUCGGUCUUCUGCUCUGGGAUAUCGAGUCGGCUAGUGCUGCGGUUAAUCAGUCCCGCCAGCCGGGUUCCCGCCUGAAGACGCCCAACUACCCCAUCUGGAUAACCAGCUGCACGGGCCACUUCGGCGUGAUCUUCAACAAGAAUCCGGACCUGCUGCGCAACUACCAUGCGGAGUCGCGGUUCGACGUGAACUACUACAGCUGCUCGGGCCACCAGAUCCUGAUGACCAUCGACAAUCGCACCUACAACGAGCAAGCAUUGGUCAUGUUGGAGCGGCAACCAAUCACGCCGGAGAGUACCUCGAUGUCCGGAAAGGAGGAGGGCGGGGGCGCAACGUCGCCAACGGCCAUUUCCGGAGGAGGAGGUGCUGCUGCCGGCGGCGGUGUGGGUGGCGCUAGCGGCGGUGUUGGUGGUGCUGCUAGUGGCGCUAGCGGUGGUAACGAUGUGGUCGCCAAGGAGGAGUCGACGCUCAACACGCCGUUGCAGCGUCUGAUUCAUACCAAGUGGGAAGAGGCAACUAUAAGCUUUCACGUGCAGCCAUCGAUGUUGAGUUAUCUUUUUAGUACCACUCAGUAGAAUGCAGGAUCCGAAAAGAAUGUAGGAACUCCUUUGCUAAAGUCAGACCGAUUCACAUUCGAGGGCAAGAGAUAUCAUCAAAUAGUAGUUAGAUCGGGACAAGCCAUUGGUACAAGUUUUUGUUGCAGGUCAGCUUAUAAAAUUGGUUAUAACAUAAUAAGAAACAAUACUUUUGUGGAGAUGAGUUUUUAAAAAUACUAUUUUAAAAUUAUUUUUAUUAUAUAACAGACAAGGUUUGUUAACUGUAGUAAGGUAAUUCAAAUUCAAGAUUUCAUUUUAAUUUUAGAUAUUUGACAUUAUAAUUGAUUUCACCGCAAUUCAUUUAAGCAUGUAAGCUUGUUAUGUUGUCUCUUGAUCUAUGAUAUAAAUCGACUUUCUUGGCGAAUGACCAAUGCACCAAUGAAUUUAAACGCCUAUUUAUAUCCUCUUAUGGAUAUAAGCUGUUUUUAUUCGCAAACCAAACAAGUAAGUUCCAAACGCCGGUAGCAAAAAACAAUUAAGGCCCUGAAGAUUAAAUAUUUUACCAGAUUAUUCAUAUUAUAAGAGAAGUUUAUUGGAAAAUAUCUAUUAAACGUAGAAAUAGGGGUUCGACAAACCCCAAAACAUAGAUUUAAAUACUUACCAGACUAGCGCCAUAUAAUGUAAGCUUACUAGAUGAUGCACAAGAUUAUAGUUUAGUUGGCACACAUUGUAGUAGAAUUCUACUGUUGCUGUCUAUCCGAUGGACUACCAUUAUUGGUAUCUUAAAAAGAUAUGAGUGGUCGAAGAUCAAGACAUCGAACCAAAACAGCGAUGGUAAAUACACGUAAAAUAUUCCAAGUAUCUGAUUAAUGCGAACGAGCUAGGGCAGAUUUAUGAAAAGUUGCACAGCCUUCAAAAAUCUGCCUGGAUGAGGCCUCUCUUUACGAGAAGAGCGACUACGGGACUCUAAACCAGUUGAUUGAUGCUGCCGCCUGGAGCCACUAGACGAUAAAUAUUAUCAAAUUUUAUGUAGAUCACCAACAUGCUUCGAUUACUCCAACCGCACUUUUCGACAUUGUCAAGUUCCUUUUCGAAAUAAACACUCUUGUACAACCUC